CAAGCGAAAAGAACAGAAAGUAAAAGUACAACAAACCAAAAAUUAAUACAACUAAAAAUACAAACUUCAGCUUGCACAAAAUCAAGCAAGACACAAAACAAAAACAGAUAUUUUCAAGCUGACACAUAAAACAGUCUCAAUCACACGUAAUUGCGACAGUUUGUGGCAUGUUCUGUUGCCUGCGCACCUGCCUCAAUGGCGGCCAAUUGCGAAAACCAACAGCGGCCGCACAUCGACUCCGCGAGCCCGACGUUCACCUCGAUGCGGCGCAUAUGGGCGCCGACGUUAUUUUGCUGUCGCAUCAAUUGCGUGUCACAGGCACAGGCGGUGUUCUGGCUACUGCACCCCUGGUGCAGUCCAAGUCCUACUUCGAGGUAAAGAUACAGCAAAGCGGCAGCUGGUCCAUUGGCCUGGCCACACGACAAGCGGACCUCGGACGCAAGUGGGGCGGCGGUGAUCGGGAAUCAUGGUGUCUCUGCUCCGACAAUGCCACACGACACAAUGACGAAGAGUUCGGUCCUGUCGUUGCCAACUGCACACAGCCAACGCUCAGCUCCAGCAAGUCGGUGACAACCACAACAAAUGGAAUUCUGAAUAAUAGUGCCGCUGCUGCCGCUGGUCUCAUUGCCAUCGAGGAUCUGCAAGAGGAUCUUGUGAUGACCACCGGGAACAGUGAAUUGACAACGGUCGAAGAGCUGAUCAAGGCACCACAACGUGACUUUCCCGACGAGGGCGAUAUUGUGGGCGUAGCCUUCGAUCAUGUCGAGCUCAAUUUCUACUUCAAUGGCAAGAACCUGGAGGUGCCUUUCCGCAAUGUGCGCGGUGCCGCGCUCUUUCCGGUCAUUUAUGUUGGCAAUGGCGCCAUUCUGGACAUUAUUCUGGACAACUUUUCGCAUGGUCCGCCUUCAGGAUUCGAACGCAUUCUUCUCGAGCAGUCGUUACUUUAGAGCAAAGAUGUUUGCCAGUCAUCUCCUCUGCUGCUGCUGCUACUUUCCGCAAUAUCAAGUGUAUCAAAUUUUCUAGUCUCGCUCCCAAAACUUUGGGCGCUUUCGAAAAAACUGUCUAACCGCAAACCAAAACUAAAACAACUUUUGUUGCACAUAAAGAACAUGA